AUGAGUGACGGAACCAGGAAAGCUGUUGUCAAAAAUGUUGACAUGUCAGAAGAAAUGCAACAAGAUGCCAUUGAUGUGGCAACUCACGCCUUCGAGAAAUUUAACAUUGAAAAGGACAUUGCUGCGUACAUAAAAAAAGAGACAAGUUCAGUCUCCCCUAAGAUCACCGAUUAUCGCCAUGCCAUCCACCGAAUUCGACUACGCCACCACGAGGCGCUUCAGUAA